UGAGGCCCGGUGUUUCCCCUACGCACUCAGAAAAUGGAGUGUGUGUGCCUUUAAGGCGUCCGACUGCCUGUCGCUUUGUGCUGCGGAGAGACUGACGCCCUGUGGACGCAGUGGACAGCGGAGCGGCGGCAGAACACCAUCCUGGAGAAGUUCAAAGAGGGAAAACAGCCUGCGUUCUGCCCCGAAAGCAAACCCGAGAGCUCCUCAACUGCGUCGUGGUGUUUGGGUGCCGUGCUGGUGAGCCGUCAGGAUGAGGCCUGGUCAGCUGAUCCUCCUCCCCGCCGCCGCCGCUCUCCUCCUCCUCCUGUCUGGACCGACUCUGACCUCCGGCUGUAACAAAGCUCUCUGUGCCAGCGACGUCAGCAAGUGUCUGAUCCAGGAGCUGUGCCAGUGCCGGCCGUCCGACGGGAACUGCUCGUGCUGUAAGGAGUGCAUGUUGUGUCUGGGGAACCUGUGGGAGGAGUGCUGCGACUGCGUGGGGAUGUGCAACCCGAAGAACUACAGCGACUCUCCGGCGACGUCGAAGAGCACCGUGGAGGAGCUGCACCGUCCCAUCCCGUCGCUGUUCCGAGCGCUGACGGAGGGCGACGCUCCCAUCAACAUGAUGGUCGUGUCGUUCCCCGUCGCCGAGGAACUGUCGCACCACGAGAACCUGGUGUCCUUCCUGGAGUCGCUGGACGGGCAGCACCAGAACGUGUCGGUGCCGGGAAACAGCAUCCACGCCAGCUACGACGCUCAAGAAAACAUGUGCACGGUGGUCUACUUUGACGACUGCGUGUCCAUCCGGCAGUGCAAGCUCUACUGUGAGUCCAUGGGAGGGUCCAAGUACCGCUGGUUUCACAACGCCUGCUGCCAGUGCAUCGGGCCGGAGUGCGUCGACUACGGCAGCAAAGCCGUGAAGUGCAUGAACUGUCUGCUCUGAAGCGCCAGGCACAUAUUGGUACCAAAUGUCUGGUCCAUACCAGAGGACUGAGGGCAGAGGAAACCAUCCUGAGUUAGCAUUCCUCAGUUACCUUGUAAAAUACGCCCUGUACAACCCUCCCUCCUUCCCUGCAAAGUGUUUUUAUUCUGCUGUUAUUGUUUCACUGUAUAUUUUUAGAUAUGUUUUCCAUAGUGUUUUUUUUUUUUUUUACUAGAGGUGUUUAUGAAUAAUGUAUUUUUACAAUUACGAUCUGCUAAAUCCCGGUUUGAUGCCAAAUAAACGAAAUUUUGGUGACAUGGA